CGCGGGGCAGCGGCGCAUGCGCGGUGAGCGGCUGGCGGCGGGGACUCGCGUGCCGCCGGCGGACGGAGCGGCCCGGCCCGGCCCCUCAGGGCGGCGAUGGCGGCCGCCGGCGGCGGCUCGGCCGCGCCCGUGGAAGUGCCCGCUGCCACCGCCACUGCCGCGGAGGCCGGCGCAGUGUUGCAGCGGGAGCCGCUGUACAACUGGCAGGCCACCAAGGGGUCGCUGCGGGAGCGCUUCGCCUUCCUCUUCUCCAACGAGCUCCUCAGCGACGUGCACUUCGUGGUGGGCAAGGGCAGCCCCCGCGGCGGCGGAGGCGGCGGCGGCGGCGGCGGGGGGGGGGCGCCCCCCGGGCCUGGCCAGCAGCGCAUCCCCGCCCACCGCUUCGUCCUGGCUGCCGGCAGCGCCGUCUUCGACGCGAUGUUUAACGGCGGCAUGGCCACCACCUCGGCUGAGAUCGAGCUGCCCGACGUGGAGCCCGCCGCCUUCCUGGCGCUCCUGAGGUUUCUUUAUUCAGAUGAAGUUCAAAUUGGUCCGGAAACAGUCAUGACUACUUUAUACACUGCUAAGAAGUAUGCAGUCCCAGCCCUGGAAGCACAUUGUGUGGAUUUUCUAACAAAGCACCUCCGAGCAGAUAAUGCCUUUAUGCUGCUUACUCAAGCUCGUUUGUUUGAUGAACCUCAGCUUGCUAGUCUUUGUCUUGACACAAUAGACAAAAGUACUAUGGAUGCAAUAAGUGCAGAAGGCUUUACUGAUAUUGAUAUAGACACAUUAUGUGCAGUUCUAGAAAGAGAUACCCUUAGUAUUCGAGAAAGUAGACUCUUUGGAGCUGUUGUUCGCUGGGCAGAAGCAGAAUGUCAAAGACAACAACUACCUGUGACAUUUGGAAACAAACAAAAAGUCCUUGGAAGAGCUCUUUCCUUAAUUCGUUUUCCAUUAAUGACUAUCGAAGAGUUUGCAGCAGGCCCUGCUCAGUCUGGAAUCUUGUCAGAUCGGGAAGUAGUAAAUCUGUUUCUGCAUUUUACUGUCAAUCCUAAACCAAAAGUAGAUUAUAUUGACCGACCAAGGUGUUGCCUUAGGGGAAAAGAAUGUAGCAUUAAUAGGUUCCAGCAAGUGGAGAGUCGCUGGGGCUACAGUGGAACAAGUGACCGGAUUAGGUUCACAGUUAAUAGAAGAAUUUCCAUAGUGGGGUUUGGAUUAUAUGGAUCUAUUCAUGGACCCACAGACUAUCAAGUUAAUAUACAGAUAAUUGAUUAUGAGAAGAAUCAAACACUAGGACAAAACGAUACUGGAUUUAGUUGUGAUGGAACAGCCAGUACAUUCAGAGUUAUGUUCAAAGAACCUAUAGAGAUUUUGCCAACUGUUUGCUACACAGCUUGUGCAACAUUGAAAGGUCCUGAUUCCCACUACGGAACAAAAGGUUUGAAGAAAGUGAUCCAUGAAUCUCCCACUGCUAGCAAAACAUGCUUUGUCUUUUAUAGUUCACCAGGUAACAACAAUGGUACAUCAAUAGAAGAUGGACAGAUACCAGAAAUAAUAUUUUAUAUUUAAUUUCACAUGAUCAUCUCAAAUGUAUCAGUGUAUCAGUGGACUUCAGCUCACUGUUGGCGGCAGUUAAAAUUCUGUGAAACUACAUGAAUGUGUGAAAACAAAACUAACUUGUUUGAGAGGUACCAGACAAGCGAUUUUCUCUGCAUCAUUAUUGGUGGAACGUAAUUUAGCUUUUCCUCUUACCAAAUUGUCAAGUGGAAUAAAUGCUCUGUACAUUGAAAAGAUUGUUUUAAAUAGUCUCUAGCAAUGAAUUGCUUUGUAUUUUCACCCUAUCACUUCUCGUGUAGUAAAAUUCAUUUUCUGAACUGGAAAAUCCUUACUCAUUAUGAACUUCUUGUUACCGUUUUCCCCAACCUGUCCUAAAAAGACAGUAAAGCUGCUGCUGUAGUCCCAGCUUACAUUUCUUUCCAAAAUGACCUUUGAAUGACCCUGUGGACGUGAAUUGCUACUAUAUUUUUUUGAAGCACAUCAGCAAAACUGGAUUCAUAUUGCUAUCAUUGUGACUUUUUGGAUGAGCCGUGGAGAAUUAAUGGACUUAACACUGCAGACAGCAUCUGCAGCUUCCCUGAAGAAAUACUAAGUUGAAUCCAGCAACAAACAGCUCUUUCCAGAAUCUCUCUUAAUGCAGAAGGGAUGUUUUGGAACAUAAAGCUGGGUAUGGAAAUAGUCACUGUAUAUACAAAUGUGCCUAUAAAAAAUGUAUAAUGUGAAAUGAGAAUACAAGACUUGUAAUUAUGUUAUUUUAUCAUUGGACAUUCUAAUACUAAAAAAUUAGUAUGAACUAAGGGUUAUUUGUGUGCAGCUAGUUUUACAGAUUGCAUACAGUAAUUGGAUGCAAUUGAUGUAUGUAUAUAGUAUUCACUGUCUUGCAAUAUCUGCUGUGUAGAAGUAGAACGUCUUCAUGUAUAAAAUCCUGUACCCUCCCCCAACUUAUACUAAAGUAAUAAUUUGAGAACACAGGAGAAAAA